CCUUUACCCGAGACAACUUACAGGUGUUACAGGGCAGUACAGGGUUACAAUGCAAGCUUAAUAUUUAAAUACAGCAUAGUUUACAAUAAGUGCAGUAAUACUGCUUGAAUACAAUGUGAUGCAACAAGUUAGGAUUGCAGCAAGAUAUGGCAUAUCAGCAAAAAUGCAAGUAUUGUGCUUCUAAUAUUUAAUUGUAGAUAUAGUUUGUAUUAUGCUAAACAGUUUAUAUAUGGUCCAAAACACCAAAGUAUGACCAAUUUAUCUAUUUAAACGAAUAUUCUGUCCCCAAAUUUAAAGUUUAGUGAAACAGACUUGCAUGCAAAGAAAGACUGUUACAAAAAAAAAGGGGUGUACAAAUAUUCGUUAUUCAUACCGCCCUCUGAUGGUGAUAACAUGACUACUUCAGAGUCAGCAAGCUGCUUUAUUUUUCUGUAUGCUGCAUGCUGUUGACUUCUCAGUUGCUGCCUUCUUGUCUGCUCAGCACUGUGUGACUUGCUGUGCAGUAUCAGGUAUAUCCGUUGGAGGCUGACACACAUGCUGUGGACAGAGAUAAGGGAUUCCCACGAGUACUAACUGUCAACACCCACCCACACAGCACCAGCUAUAGCAACACCCAGCCAUGAACACACGUUAACUGCAUCUCUGCUCAUUGGAAUCUGCUAUACUGACAAUCCAAUCACAAUAGAGGGAAAUCCAGCGUUCUUAUUGAGUUGAAAGUGAUAUUACAUUGCUGCAGUUGUGUCUCCAUGCCUGAGCGAUGGGUCUCUCUCUGGCUGUGCGCACACUCUUUCUGGGCUCCCUAAUGUUCCAUGGCUCCAGGGCUUUCUUUCCUAACUUCUGGUCCAAGGUGCUGUCUCUGGCCUGGAAUUCACACACCCAUCAGAGCAUCACAGAGGAAGCCCUUCUCCUAAUCACCAGGGAUCUCUUUCAAGAAACCCCCAAUCUGCAAGGACAUACUCUUGAUCCACAACUAUUCCAGGGCAGCUUCACAGCCAGUGAGCUUUUCAAAGCUUACUAUGGCGGUCAAGAGACUGUGUCCACGAAGCAGUACCAGCAGGCCGUGAGCGAGAUUGUCCAGGCCAAUGCAGCCAUGGACUUUCUGAGCUCCACACGCAAUGACCCGCAGCUGCACUUCGACUCGGAGAGGCUGAAAGAGGCCAGUGCCAUGCUGCAGAGCAUCCUGCGUCUGGCAGUGCAGUCACUCCAAGCUGGGGAUGAGAUCGGGGCAAGGCAUAGACUGGGCUGCCUGCUGCACUCUUUACAGGAUUUCUACAGCCACAGUAACUGGGUGGAAAUGGGAUACAGAAAGAUCCACUCCACUCUUCUGACAGAUGCUGAGGAAAUUGGUCCUGUUGCACCAGAGAACAUGCAGACCUGCAGAGACUGUGAUCACUGGACCUGCAACGACAACAUUCUAGAGAAAAUCAACACGAAGAAACUACUGACCUCUGGUUACUAUAACAACAACCCCCCAAAACCACCAGGUAAAUGCAGUCAUGGGGGAAUAUUUGACCAGAGCAGAUAUCAAAGUUCAAGGGGCGGGAUCAACAAGGACAGCACCUCCCAUUUCUUCUCGCCGCAUCACUAUCUCCAUGGUGAAGCUGCCCACCUCGCUACCAUGGCGACUGUCAGUGUGCUGCAAGAUCUGCGGGACACAGUGGGAACCCAGGCCUUCAUAAGGCUGUUGAACGUGGGUGCGGAGACAGUGCUCAGCUUUGUGAUCGACACCACUGGCAGUAUGUUUGACGAGAUCAGCGCGGCGCGAGAGAGAGCUCACUCAAUCAUCCUGGACAGACGAGGAACGAUCCAUCAGCCUUCCCAAUAUGUGCUAGUCCCUUUCCAUGACCCAGGUGUGGGGCCGCUGUACAGAACCACAGACCCAGACCAGUUCAUAGAACUCCUGGAGAGCUUGAGUGCUUUAGGAGGUGGAGACGAGCCUGAGAUGUGCCUGACAGCGCUACAGCUUGCGUUAGAGAACACCCCACCUCUCUCUGAAAUUUUUGUCUUCACUGAUGCCUCUCCCAAAGACAAACAUUUACAAAAUGCAGUGGAAGCUCUAAUACUGCACAAACGAUCCAAGGUGACAUUUCUGCUCACUGAGGACCCCAGCAGGACUGUAGGAGUGAAAACAGGCACUGGGAGGAGAAAGAGGGAGUAUCUCUCUCCUGAUCGGUUCUCAAUCUACACCAAUUUGUCUGCCAUCUCAGGAGGCCUGACUGUCUUCAGUACGGAUAAGGAGAUACAAGACGUCUCUGUCCUCAUUCAGGACAAUACUGUUUCCGCUGGGGUAACUCUACUUCAUAUUGAGAAUGAUUCUCCCAAUCAUGCAUCUCCCUAUAUCUUCUAUGUUGAUCCUACAGUGAAGAACAUCAUCAUUCAUAUUUCAGGCGAGUUGAUGGAUUUCACGAUCUACAACCCUUCAGGGGAAUCCCAGUACCUGUUCAACAAGCGUGGGAAUUUAGCAGCGAUUGAUUGCUUUGUGGAGUUUUGUAGAGUCACCCUUCUGUCACCAAUCCCCGGCGAGUGGAGGAUGAAGAUUGUGAAUCGGGGUACUAUCAGGGUGAAUGUCUUAGGCCAAAGCACCAUUGACUUCCUGUACCACUUUGCAGUAGCAGCCAAUGGCAGCCACCCUGGGCUCUCCAGAUUGGAAGGUCGACCAAUAUCAGGUGUCCCGAUCUUUUUGGUGUUGGCAGUCACUGGCUUGUCUACUGACAGCGCUGUGACAAUAAGUCAUGUGACUCUGCUGGAAACCAAUGGGGAGAGCCUUGAGAGAGUGACACUCAAUGCUACUGCCACUGGAGGAGAGUUCAUUGGUGAGGUCGCAACAUUACCCAGCCGACCCUUCUCUGUGAAAAUUACGGGAAAUGACAACAAGGGUAACAUCAUAGAGCGGGCAUCUGCAGAAUUGAACCAUGUGGCACAAGUACUGAUCCAAGUCCCCAAAGCUCCUCCCCUGUAUCCUGGGAAAAGUGCCCACCUCUGGGUAAACAUCUCAAAUUCCGGAGCUGCCAGGGAGUUUAUCGUCAUGGUUACAGACGAUAGGAAGUUUGUGAAAUUAUGGACCCCUGACCGGCUAUUUGUGGCUCGGAACCGGACAGCCCAAGUGCGGAUUGACCUGACUACACCAGUCGGAGCAGAGCUGGGCAGUGUGGGCAUUGUCUGCUUGACUGUGAAGGCUGCGGACAGGAGUGACCUCAACUUUGCUGUUCUGCAUCUAAGUGUAGCAGAUCCGAAUCCCGACCUGCUUCCACCCUCUUGUAUUCAGUCUGCAGUGAGAGACUCCUGCCCCUUUCUCUCACAAAAACCCUGCAGUCAAAACUCCUGGUCCACCAAUCUCCUCUUCAGCGACCAGGGGCACUCUGGGAUAGCGGGCAUGCAGCUUCAGCAGGGCCAGGGUUUGCUCAACCUCACCGGAGAUCCUGGGAAACAAGGGGUGCAACUCCGGAAAGGUCAAGGCAGACUGAACCUAACAGGGCUGGACAUGGGGACUGAAGUAGUCGGCACCUACACCUCAAACUGCUGUUCCCUGAAGGCAGAGUUCUUCUUGUGGGAUGCAGCGGGCAAUAAGGGCCUCUGCAGCAUCUUAGUUCACCAGCAGAGGGCAUCAGGGUAUAUACAGACAGCUUCCAGGAUUCAAACUCUCUUUACCAUGCUCCUGUUUCAUAUUGGAGGGUUACUGCUUCAGCCAGUGAGCUGAUGGGAUGGGGUCUAUUUGAUCUAAGCAGUGGACUGAAAUACUGCAGUCUUUACCUCUGGGUUAAUCUUGCUCUCUUUCCCCACAACCAAGGUUAUUAAUCAUUAUUGUAAGGGCAACUUAACAGAAGGACAUCCUAAUCCAACUUUAAAAUGACAAUUACUGUGUGUUAUGGAGAAAAGAUACUUAUACCUAAUUUCCAUGCACCACUCAGCCCCAGUUCAAAACCCUGCUGCCUCCAAUACCUUAACCCUUUGCAGUCCUUUAUUCAGCGCUUGUCGGGUGCAUCAGUUCCAAUUUAUAUUCACAAGUGCUGUUUAUUUUACAGGUGCCGUUUAAAAUAUUUUUUUCAGAGUAAAACAGGUUUAAAAGGCAUUGAAUC